AUGGAGAAGAUCAAGAGCGUCCUUCAUGGCCACAAGAAAGACGACAAUGUCGCCCACGAUGCGCCCACAUCUUCUCCCAGUCAGGAACACCCAAUCUACGACCAAAACCAAACUACUGCGCACAAGAAACGGAAUGACACCCCAGGACAGCCAAUGUACGACAUAAAAACCACCAGUGGCGCUCCAUACACAGAGCUGGCCCAUUCAGGCGACUCUGCAGGCCUUCACGGAAGUGAUGCACAUGGAACACCCACACAAGUCGGUACCGAUGGGCCCAUUGGCACAACAGCAGCUGCGACUGGAGUUAAUGAUCCCAUCCGGACGCAACAUCACACGAGUACCUCGCAGCCCCUCCAAGGCGCAACCACGACUGCUGGAGGAGCUCAACGUCCCGAUGCCUACCCCCAUGGCCACACUGCGGACCCAAGUGUCGCGAGCAUCAAGAGCGGCGUGAUUGGGUUCGGUCCUGGAGCCAGCCAGGGACAUGCUGCCAUGUCGACACACAACCCCACUCAAGAGUAUUUGGGUCAAGACCAAGUAGUCGGAGGCGGAGAUCAUGGAACUGCCGGAAUGACCAAGGGAGCGGGAAUGACCGAAGGAGCAGGCGUCAUCCCAGGCCAGACAUAUCCCCAACCCAGUGCAAUCGAUCGUGAUUCAAUAGGCGCUAAUCCUGCCUACGCGAGGGAAACACAGCCAUAUGAGAACACUUUGCGACAGGAGAGCUACACCGCCGAUACUGAUCGAUCGUUCCCUCUCGCUGGCGGUGUCAUCUCAAAACCUCACCAAGACCCCAUAUCCACGCAAUAUCCCACUGAGCACACCUCGCCUCUUCACAACAAAGGCAUCAGUGAACUCGAAUCUGGCACAACAGAGAGGGGAGUCGGUGUUAAUGACAGCCCCUCUCACGACAGUUAUGGAAGGGAAGGGCUGGCUGGAGCAGCCGCGGCCGCCACUGCCAUUGGCGCUUCUCAGGCACACUCACAGCCAGAGAGGCAGCCAGACGGACAGGGUGCUCGCAACCGAGGUCUUCAUACUCGUCAGCUUUCAUAUAGACAUGUUGCACCGGGAGACACUACGGGAUCUACUCAGACAGGCAAUGUUUCGAGCCAGCCGACGUCAGACCACCAUCCCGAAGUUUUGGCAGCUGCUACCGCGGCCGCUACGACUGCAGCUGCCUCGAGAUCUUCCGCCCUUCCCCCUUCUGCCCAGGGGCAUGAGUACGGGGCCCGGGAUGUCAACGAAUCAGAAGCUACUCAGUCUAAUAUCGCUGGAGCCCCGACGACUGGCAUGUCGAGCACUGGCGAGCGUCCACUAAAUCCCCGACUUGAGUCACACAGGCACAUUCCUGGCGAAUACAUUGCUACACCCAGCGACGAGAAAACAUUCCUCAACUACGCCCCUGUUAUUCAACCCUCAUCCACAGACGCAAGCGCACCGAUUGCGGCCGCAGAGCCUACGUCUACAUUGGACCCAUCUCACGUGCAGCAUUCGAGCAUUGACCCCACGUCUGCAAGCGAACCUCAUGAGCUUAGACACACUGGGACACUUGGAGAGCCCCAGCCAAAGUCGGCAGAUGAACAUCACUACGCUCGCGAUGCUGCCAUUGCCGGAGGUCUUGGUGCUGGUGCAGCGGGCUUAGGUGCGCAUGCAGCUUCGAAGACUCACGACACCCAGGACGUUGCUGAUAGCCAGCCUUUGUACGAAGAGUCAAGCCCGUACAGUAGUAAAAUGCUCGACCCUCGUGUCCUAGGCGAUUCUAAGCUAGAGGAGCGGAGGUUCGAUGAGCAGAGGUUCGAUCCACUGGCCAAGACUGAGGCGGCUCCUGCCAGUGGUGCAACGAUCUCUGGUCCUCCUGUCUCACACAGCCCAUCCGAGACCACAGACUCACAGCACAAUUACGGCCUCCCUGAAAGACAUCCUGAGCACCACUACGGUCGCGAUGCUGGCCUCGCCGGAGCUGGCGCUGCUGCUGCUGCUGGUGGUCUCUAUGCUGCCAACCGUGACAACACCGACAGCGGACCAGCUUCAAGCACUAUCGGACCUCACUCCAGCAACGCUGCCAACAUCAUGGACCCUAGGGUUCAGCCAGAGCCAAGCAAACAGAUACACCACAACGUCGGACCGACAACUGAGGACCCUGCGUCGCGUACGAUCGGCCCGCACAGCAGCAACAUUGCCAAUAUCGUCGACCCAAGAGUUAAGCCUGAUCCAUCCAAGCAAAAGGAGCACACCACGGUUGGACCUCAUCAAUCAGACACAUUGAACCGCCUAGACCCCAAGGUUGACGAGAAGGCUGGUCAGCAGAACGAGCAUCACUAUGGCCGGGAUGCUGCCUUGGUUGGAGGUGCGGGCGCCGCCGGUUACGGUGCAUACCAAGCUGACGCUAUCAAUGCGUAUGGCGACCACAAGAUGACUCAGCCUGCCGCUUCCAUGCCAGACCAGAGAUACGAUCCCACGGCAGCCGGCGCACGAGCGACCAACCCAGUUUCUCCAACAAGCCAAUACAACUACAACGAUCCCACUACGCAAAGCAAUGUCAAUCGCACUGAUCCCAACGACCACAUCAACAGGAAUGUUGCGCUUGGAGGAGCAGGUCUUGCAGCUGCCGGAUUGGGGGCAGGAGCUUACGCAGGAUCCAAGCAUGACGACAACACCACUCAGCUUCCACUUCGACAGAAGCAAGAGCUUGCGUCUUCUGGUCAGACUGCCACCAUCGCGCCUUCCGGUCAAACUGCGUACCCAACCCAAGGACUGGCACAAUCUUCCUAUCCUAUGUACGAAACUACCACGACUGCCUCAUAUCCCACCUCAGGUACCAUCGCACCACACAACACGCAUACCCAGGAAAUGUCAUCUCAACCCUGGGGACCUGGGGCAGUUCCCGUCAACGAUAGUCACGACAAGCGCAACGCCGCUCUUAUGGGUGGUGCUGUAGGCGCAGCAGGGCUGGGUGGUGCAGCUUACAUCGACUCCCAGCAUCAAGACGAGCGUGAGGCGGAAGAGCGUCUCAAGAAGAUUGCCCAUGAUCGCGAGAAGGAGCAGCAUAGACUCGACAAGGAACAGCACAAGCACGACAAAGAAGAGCUUGAGAAGGAGAAUGAAGGCGAGGAGAAGAAGAAGCACGGCCUUCUUGGAUUCUUGCACCGUGAUAAGUCCAAGAAGGAAAAGUCGACUGCCAGUCCUGAGUCCUCACCGCGCCAGUCUCGCGACUACAGUCCUAGACACUCCAGAGAGUAUGGCGAUGAUCAUCCCGACUCACCACGCUGGAAGGGCAAGCACCUUCUUCACAAGGACCCACCGAAGGGCCACCCGGCCCGUGAAGCUAUGGAGCACCAACAAAUGACUGAGUCGUCUGGUUCGGUAGGAAAGAGGGAGCACAUGGGUGUUGAUGGUCCGAUUGGCAACCCAACCAUGAUCUCGGGCGAUCGUGAAACUCAGCACGGCGUCUACGGUGCGCAUCCUAUCUCAGAUUUAGACCGCGACAACACGGUCACUGAGCCACACACUGGUCUACCCAUGAACACCGGGCGCUUCGGCACCGGGGCUGGUGGAACAGACAAUAAUCCUGCCAUUCAUGGUCACCAUGAACAUUCUGGUCCGGCACCGGGUCAGAGUACUACAGAUUGGGAGGCCAUCAGAAAGGGCAAUACGCCAUACUGA